AUGUCUCAACCUUCCAGGAGUCGUAGUAACAGCAAAUCAUCCGUAACAGGGGCUACCCCAAUAUAUACCGCGAUGCUUUCCCGCGAACACUAUAUAAAGGCUGUUAGCGCGAGAUCAAGAAAGAACGCAGGGAAGUCUGCUUCGAGGCAACGCCGGUCUCCUGAAGCAGGGGACGCUAGCAUGGUGGCAGGGCCAUCGAGAUUCCAGGAAGUUGAUGAUGACGACAUGGACCAAUCCUUUGAAUCCAAUUCAACUGCGUUAGUCACCAACACCUUGACGUCCAACAAAACCCAGGCUGCGGGGAGUAUUCAAAGGGCCUACACGGCCCCAAUGGUCUCGUCCUUUGCCGAGAACCGUGAGGUUUCCACCGAAGGUCCAUCGACAGAGAUUGCGAAUGUGUCGGUGGAUGCUGGGAGAGACAAUCUUAUGACCAGACGUCCUCCUAUACAGGUGGCCAACGUGAAUGCUAUAUUAGCCAUACUCCCAGGCCGGAAUGAAUUGUUUCCCGCCGUUCAACAUAACCGAUCUAUUGCCAAUGGAUCGUAUGCAGCAUCCACCAAUGUCCAGAAUGAUCGAGGCAUAACCAAUCAACAAAGCGGAGUGGAUGCUGGGAUAGACCAAGUGAUCAUUAGUCAAGUUAGAGAAGUUCAAGCCGACAGGGAGCGCAUUGCCGCCCUUGAGCGAGGUCUAACCGAGCAGGGAGAGACGUUUAAAUGGGAAAUUGACAAAGCGAGCAAGAUGUAUACUGAGCUCUUGAAGGAGAAGGUGGCCCAGGAAAACCUGUACCUUGAAACGAAGAGGGAAAAUGACAGGUUGAAGGAGCUGGAAGAGACAGUACUUGGAUUCGCAAAAUGCACAAUUUGCUAUGAAUUUAUGGAGCAAAUUUGCGUGUAA